AUGUCUUCUCCCUCCCCGGUCCCCAACGGGUCACCCGUUGUGUCCCACGACUUCUCUUCUCCGCCCAGCUCUAGCAAGGGCUCCCCUUAUGUUGAGCGCAGCAAUCCCAUGGGUGGAAAUGUCCAGACCGUCAGCUCUCGCGACCCCAAGGCUGUUGCCCAGGCCGCCAGUGACAUGAAGAAUGUUGUUCGUCGCAAGCUUGCUGGUUACGUUGGUUUCGCCAACCUGCCCAACCAAUGGCAUCGCAAGAGUGUCCGUAAGGGAUUCAACUUCAACGUGAUGGUUGUUGGUGAGUCUGGUCUCGGAAAGUCGACUCUCGUCAACACCCUCUUCAACACCUCCCUUUAUCCGCCUAAGGAGCGUACCGGUCCCAAUGCCGACAUCAUCCCCAAGACUGUUUCCAUCCAGUCCACGAGCGCCGACAUCGAGGAGAACGGUGUGCGCCUCCGUCUGACUGUUGUCGACACCCCUGGAUUCGGUGACUUUGUUAACAACGAUGAUUCGUGGCGCCCCAUUGUGGAGAACAUCGAGCAGCGCUUCGACACCUACCUCGAGGCGGAGAACAAGGUCAACCGCAGCAACAUUGUUGAUAACCGCAUCCACGCUUGUGUCUACUUCAUCCAACCCACCGGUCACUCUUUGAAGCCCCUGGACAUCGAGGUCAUGCGCCGCAUGCACACCAAGGUCAACCUGAUCCCCGUCAUUGCCAAGUCUGAUACCUUGACCGAUGAGGAAAUUGCUCUCUUCAAGCAGCGCAUCCUUGCCGAUAUUUCCCACCACUCCAUCCAGAUCUUCGAGGGCCCACGUUACGAGCUUGAUGAUGAGGAGACCAUUGCCGAGAACAACGAGAUCAUGUCCAAGGUUCCCUUCGCCGUGGUCGGUGCUAACGCCGAGGUUGCAGCCGCCGAUGGCCGCCGCGUGCGUGGCCGUAGCUACCCAUGGGGUACCAUUGAGGUCGACAACGAGGAGCACUGUGACUUUGUCAAGCUGCGCCAGAUGUUGAUCCGCACCCACAUGGAGGAGCUCAAGGAGCACACCAACAACUUCCUAUACGAGAACUACCGCUCGGAUAAGCUCACCCAGAUGGGUGUUGCCCAGGACCCAAGCGUGUUCAAGGAAGUCAACCCUGCCGUCAAGCAGGAGGAGGAGCGCGCCCUGCACGAGCAGAAGCUGACGAAGAUGGAAACCGAAAUGAAGAUGGUCUUCCAACAGAAGGUGUCCGAAAAGGAGAGCAAGCUCAAGCAGAGCGAAGACGAACUUUAUGCCCGCCACCGCGAGAUGAAGGAUCAGUUAGACCGGCAGCGCCAGGAACUAGAAGAAAAGAAAGCCCGAAUCGAAAGCGGACGCCCCAUCGAAGAGAAGGGCAAACGCAAGGGUUUCUCGCUUCGCUAA